AUGAUUUCUGCCGGUACAAUAGAUAACAAGCCAGAGGAAUGUUCAGUGUGUUUUAACGAUUAUGACGACAAUCAGCUACGGCCUCGCAAUCUGCCGUGUGGCCACACAUUCUGCUCCCAGUGUAUUGACAAUGCUAUCAAGAAUGGUCAGCUGUCCUGCCCCAGCUGCCGUGCCGAGCACACUGCCACAGCCUCUACUCAGUUCCCAAUUAGCUAUGCUGUGGAGGCUUUUGUUAGGAAACUCAAAAAUAUUCAGCUAACAACUGAGGAAGCAGUGCCAGCAAAACCUUAUGAAGGUCCCGCCAGAGGCAUCAGUAAGACAUUACGUUCCCUGGUGCAGGAGCAGAAGAGCAUCAUCAGCAGCCUCAUUACUAGCUGUGAAGAGGUACUGUCCCAGCUGGGGGAGUACCGGGGGCAGCUGGGGGACUGGAAGACUCACCACCUCCAGCUCCAGGACAGACUCUAUGCUCUGGUAGAGCAGAACAAGUCAGCAAUGAAGCUCUUGGAACUGGAGGAUACCAGUGUGGUAGAUAUGACACCACAAGGAGAGGAAGGGAAGACUCAGCUGCAGGCCAUGUUGGGGAGCCUCGACACAGUCAACACCCCACAGGAGGUUGGCACAACCAUAGACACAGCUGAUGGGUGCAAGAUGAAGGUAGAAGAUUGGCUCCGGAAGUGCCAGGAACUCUUCCCAGAUGUCAACACUGUCCACACCUCAGUGAAGGUGCAGGAGACCAUCAGGGAGGCCCUGGAGAUGACGACCACAGAGACAGGUGCCACAGCUGACCCCGUACACUUGGGAGACUCAGCCUCCAGCAUCAUGAAUAAAGUUAAGGAAAUCACUGGACAGAUCCCCCAGAAGCAAUUAACAGUUGAGGACCUCCGCAGGAUGAGGGAGCCCGUCAAGAGGCUGGUGGAGGCUCUGACCCCUGACACUCCGCUGGCCAGACAGUUUGUGUUGUUGUGUACGGGCCAGCGGGGCCCCACCUACCGCAACACUAAACUGUUUGGGGUGGUGGACAAGGGUCAGCCGGGGGAACGUGUGAGGGGCGGAGACUACGAGAGUAAUGAUGGUGAGGGAGGAGCCGCACUGCUGCCUGACCUCCAGGAGCAGUACUGGGAGUCAGACCGGGCAGGAGCUGUGUGCUCCAGGUAUGGGCCGGGGGGUCCCACGAGUGCCCAGUUCACCAUCACCACCAGGGACCUCCAGGAUGGUCUCCAGUGGCCACGUGUCUUCGGUGAUGUGGUGAGCGGCCUGGAUGUGGUGAGGGCAGCAGUCAACCACAGUGACAUUACGGAGGUGACUGUGGUGGACUGUGGUGUUGUGCUGCCACUCUAGU